GCCAUAUGUCUUUGACCGUGUGUUCCCCCCAAACACGACUCAGGAGCAAGUUUAUCAUGCGUGUGCCAUGCAGAUUGUCAAAGAUGUCCUUGCUGGCUACAAUGGCACCAUUUUUGCUUAUGGACAGACAUCCUCAGGGAAAACACAUACCAUGGAGGGAAAGCUGCAUGACCCCCAGCUGAUGGGAAUCAUUCCUCGAAUUGCCCGAGACAUCUUCAACCACAUCUACUCCAUGGAUGAGAACCUUGAGUUCCACAUCAAGGUUUCUUACUUUGAGAUUUACUUGGACAAAAUUCGUGACCUUCUGGAUGUGACCAAGACAAAUCUGUCUGUGCAUGAGGACAAGAAUCGGGUGCCAUUUGUCAAGGGUUGUACCGAACGCUUUGUGUCCAGCCCAGAGGAGAUUUUAGAUGUGAUUGACGAGGGGAAAUCAAAUCGUCAUGUGGCUGUCACCAACAUGAACGAACACAGCUCUCGAAGCCACAGCAUCUUCCUCAUCAACAUCAAGCAGGAGAACAUGGAGACCGAGCAGAAGCUCAGUGGGAAGCUGUAUCUAGUGGACCUGGCAGGGAGCGAGAAGGUCAGCAAGACCGGAGCAGAGGGAGCCGUGCUGGAUGAGGCAAAGAAUAUCAACAAGUCACUGUCAGCCCUUGGGAAUGUGAUCUCUGCACUGGCUGAGGGCACAAAAAGCUACGUUCCAUAUCGUGACAGCAAAAUGACACGGAUUCUCCAGGACUCUCUGGGAGGAAACUGCCGGACAACUAUGUUCAUCUGCUGCUCACCAUCCAGCUACAACGACGCAGAGACCAAGUCCACCCUGAUGUUCGGGCAGCGGGCAAAGACCAUAAAGAACACUGCCUCAGUGAAUCUGGAGUUGACUGCUGAGCAGUGGAAGAAGAAAUAUGAGAAGGAGAAGGAGAAGACAAAGGCUCAGAAGGAGACGAUCACCAAGCUAGAGGCUGAGCUCAGCCGGUGGCGCAAUGGAGAGAAUGUGCCUGAGACGGAGCGCCUGGCUGGGGACGAUGCAGCCCUGGGAGCUGAGCUCUGUGAGGAGACCCCUGUGAAUGACAACUCAUCCAUUGUGGUGCGCAUCGCACCUGAGGAGCGGCAGAAAUACGAGGAGGAGAUCCGCCGCCUCUAUAAGCAGCUCGAUGACAAGGACGAUGAGAUCAACCAGCAGAGCCAGCUCAUAGAGAAGCUUAAGCAGCAGAUGCUGGACCAGGAAGAGCUGCUGGUAUCCACGCGAGGAGACAACGAGAAGGUCCAGCGGGAGCUGAGCCACCUGCAGUCAGAGAACGAUGCUGCUAAGGAGGAGGUGAAGGAGGUGCUGCAGGCCUUGGAGGAGCUGGCCGUGAACUACGACCAGAAGUCCCAGGAAGUGGAAGAGAAGAGCCAGCAGAACCAGCUUCUGGUGGAUGAGCUGUCUCAGAAGGUGGCCACCAUGCUGGCUCUGGAGUCUGAGUUGCAGCGGCUACAAGAGGUCAGUGGACACCAGCGGAAGCGAAUUGCGGAGGUGCUGAAUGGGCUGAUGAAGGACCUGAGUGAGUUCAGUGUCAUCGUGGGCAACGGGGAGAUUAAGCUGCCAGUGGAGAUCAGCGGGGCCAUCGAGGAGGAGUUCACGGUGGCCCGACUCUAUAUCAGCAAAAUCAAGUCGGAAGUCAAGUCUGUGGUCAAGCGCUGCCGGCAGCUAGAGAACCUGCAGGUUGAGUGUCAUCGCAAGAUGGAGGUGACGGGGCGGGAGCUCUCAUCCUGCCAGCUGCUCAUCUCCCAGCAUGAGGCCAAGAUCCGCUCGCUUACAGAAUAUAUGCAGAGUGUGGAACUAAAGAAGCGGCACCUGGAAGAGUCCUAUGACUCCCUGAGCGAUGAGCUGGCCAAGCUGCAAGCCCAGGAAACUGUGCACGAAGUGGCCCUGAAGGACAAGGAGCCAGACACACAGGAUGCGGAUGACGUAAAGAAGGCCGUGGAGGUGCAGAUGGAGAGUCACAGGGAGGCCCAUCACCGGCAGCUGGCCCGGCUCCGGGAUGAGAUCAACGAGAAGCAGAAGACCAUCGAUGAGCUCAAAGACCUGAAUCAGAAGCUGCAGUUAGAGCUAGAGAAGCUUCAGGCUGAUUACGAGAAGCUGAAGAACGAAGAACACGAAAAGAGCAGCAAACUCCAGGAGCUGACAUUUCUGUACGAGCGACAUGAACAGUCCAAGCAGGACCUCAAGGGUCUGGAGGAGACAGUUGCCCGGGAACUCCAGACCCUCCACAACCUUCGCAAGCUGUUCGUUCAAGACGUCACGACUCGAGUCAAGAAAAGUGCAGAAAUGGAGCCCGAGGACAGUGGGGGGAUUCACUCCCAAAAGCAGAAGAUUUCCUUUCUUGAGAACAACCUGGAACAGCUUACAAAAGUUCACAAACAGGUGGAUGACUGGGUUUCAAAGCUGGUACGUGACAAUGCAGAUCUGCGUUGUGAGCUUCCUAAAUUGGAAAAACGACUUAGGGCUACGGCUGAGAGAGUUAAGGCCCUGGAGGGUGCACUGAAGGAGGCCAAGGAAGGAGCCAUGAAGGACAAGCGCCGGUACCAGCAGGAGGUGGACCGCAUCAAGGAGGCCGUUCGGUACAAGACCUCUGGCAAGCGGGGCCAUUCUGCUCAGAUUGCCAAACCCGUCCGGCCCGGCCACUACCCAGCAUCUUCACCCACCAACCCCUAUGGCACCCGGAGCCCUGAGUGCAUCAGUUACACCAACAACCUCUUCCAGAACUAUCAGAACUUGUACCUGCAGGCUGCGCCCAGCUCCACGUCAGACAUGUACUUUGCAAACUCCUGUACCAGCAGCGGGGCCACAUCUUCCAGUGGGCCCCUGGCAUCCUACCAGAAGGCCAACAUGGACAAUGGAAAUGCCACAGAUAUCAAUGACAACAGGAGUGACCUGCCUUGCGGCUAUGAGGCUGAGGACCAGACCAAGCUUUUCCCUCUCCACCAAGAGACGGCAGCCAGCUAAUCUCCCUCACGGACUGCCGCAUACCUGCACUUUCAGUUUCUAAGAGGGACUGAGGCCUCUCCUCUCAGCAUGCUGCAAACCUGUGGUCUCUGAUACUAACAACUCCCUCCCAACCCUCGUUGUUCAACUGUACUGUUUGAUGUCUUCUCUUACUCUGUAUCUCUUUGUACUCUGUAUCUAUAUAUCAAAAGCUGCUGCUAUGUCUCUCUCCUCUCUGUCUUAUUCUCUAAGUAUCUAAUGAUGUAUUUAGCAAUUUCUAAGCAUAGUAUACUCACUCUCCUCAUUUGGGGCAAUAGGGAGGAGGGUGAGUGUUCCUUCUUUCAAACACGUUUCUCUCACACUGAGUGGUGUUAGUCAUGGAGAUGAUAAAAGGAAAAAUGGGAGCUAGAGGGCCGUAAUCCUUCUCACACACACACACACACACACACACACACACACGCACACACACAAAGCCUUAAGCAGAAGAAUGUCUUAGCGUCAGAAGAAGACACAGAAAUAGACUCGCCCCUCCUUUUUCGCCAACAGCACAGGGGAGGGUAACCUGGAAGGACUGCUACCUGACACGUAGAAUUUUCUUCAUAUACCCCUCAACUGAACCACCUUCCCUUUUUGUACCUUUUGCCUUCCUCUUCCUGUCCCCUGACCCCCUGCCCCAAUGACCAAGGACAUGGAUUGUUCAAGGGACCAUUUCCCUUUCUCCUCAAAACUCCUUUUGAUAUUCUCUGUCCCAGAACUCAUGAACAGAACCUAGAGUUGCUUUAAAAUAUUUGGAAAACUUGAGGAGGCAGACCCUUCCCAACAGUCUGUCAGUGGCUGCUCAUAUGUCCGGUGAUAGUUACAGGCACGUGUAGUCAGCGAAUUGCUUCUUUGGGUUUGGGGGUGAACAGGCUGGGAAAUUCCAAGUAUUUUUUGCCACAGUGAUGAGCUGGAUUCCUUUCUCUGUCCCAUAUUGGGCUGCAUGUUCUCAUGUCCACCUUUUGGUUUGGGACCUUCCAGUUCAUUAGCAAAAUAUCUCUCUCAAGAUGCCUUCCUUUCAGGCUAGAGCCUGACUUUUCCCCAUGAUGCAUAAAAAAUUUUUUUUAUUUGACAGAAUUCCUUUGAUAAUGUCCCCAUCUGGUUUUAAGUGCACUUUGAAGAAAUGGGCAGAGCAGAUUUUCCAGACUGGGGAGGGGGUGGUGAGGGGGGAGUUCUCUCCCCCCAACACUGCUCCAUGUAAUUGAUAGGACUGUUACUUUGGUUUCAGACAUCCUUUCCUUCCACAUGGUGCUAAGGUGGUUUUCUAGGUAACUACAGGGAUGGAGAGUGGAGGUCAAAAUCAAGAAAGUCCAAAUCAAGAAAGUCUGGUGUCCAGAUACCCAGUCUUACAUAGGAUGGAAGAACAGGAUCCCCCAGCAGCAGGGCAACCAUCACCUAGCUUCUAAGGCAAGAAAGAAAGCUUGGGGGGAGUGCCAGCUUAUAAAUAUAGGCUGUAUUAGCCUGGGACUCCUUCAAGGGAAAAAGUUCCUUCUUCCUUUACCUGUUGGGCCCCUCUUAGCAAUUAUGGAAAAAUGCAGGGAAAAAUCUACCAGAAGGGUGUAGAGUAAAUCCAAGGCAGCGAUAUUCAAACAUUUUUAAAAAUAAAUCUUAUAUAGAACCCUGAUAUAAAAAAUAACCCAAAGUGACGCAGACCUGGGCAGUUUACAUUUUCUUUAUUUGGUGGAAAAUGCUUCCUUAGUGGAGGAGCUCUUGAAUGGUCCUAAGAAUUCAGAACCUGAGGGUUCUGUAGUUUGCAAACCACUCCUCUUAGGGAAAGGGGUUCAGCUUGGCUCCCCUGCCCCAAGCCCCUAACUCAGAGCAGAGAAGGAAAGGCCCAAUGGGAGAAGAAGGAAGAUGCCUGUGCACCUGUGGACUUGAGCUAAUAUUUGCCAAGAGGGCAGCUGAGAAGCCAGUGGGCUUUAUGUAAUCUUGCCACCAAAUAAUUCUUUUAAAACGCACAAGAAAACUUGAAGGUGUCGGGCAGAUGAGGAGAGAGAUGUAAGGGAAAUCUAAUUCACUUACAUAAAUAAGAAUACGCACGCAAGGCCUUCACCAGAAGCUUCACUCUACGUCCCCCCCACCCCAGCAUCCCUUUCCAGAGAGCCAGGGUCACCACAAGGGGCACCUGGCCUGCCCACUCCCAUCUGCCAAAAUGUUGCAUGCCAGUGUGGAAGACAAACCAAGCCGCACAAACCCCAGUGUGUAUUUACUUGAUGUACAUAGAUACCUUGAAAAUAAAAUAAAUUCAAUGAUGA